CAAAGGCACUGCACGCGGAAGGAAACCCGCCAUUGAAUCAAGCUUAACGUGAGCGGUACGUUGUGGUGCACUCUAUUAAAAAGGUGCAAUUUUUUUAGUCCCAAACCUGUCUUUUGUAUUUCGUUGGAGGAAUGGCGUACAGAGGACAAGGACAGAAGGUCCAGAAGGUUAUGGUCCAGCCCAUUAACCUAAUUUUCAGAUACCUUCAAAAUCGUUCACGAAUCCAGGUCUGGCUGUAUGAGCAGGUGAACAUGCGGAUAGAAGGCUGCAUCAUUGGUUUUGAUGAGUACAUGAACCUGGUUCUAGAUGAUGCUGAGGAGGUCCACAUGAAGACUAAGAACAGGAAGCCACUGGGGAGGAUCAUGUUGAAAGGAGACAACAUAACCCUGCUGCAGAGUGUGUCCAACUAGUGACGGAGGGGACGCCAACAAAUCUCAUCUUUCCUAGAAAGAAAUGUUUUUCUUUUUUAUUUUGAAUUUGUGUUUAUAUGACAUGGAUUUUGUAAUUGCCUCCACAUAGUUCAUUUUGAGAAUAAACUUUUUUUUUUCUUACAAAUGUU